AUGUCUCCAUUGGCCUCUUCGUAUAUCAUAGUCGGCGCCGGUGUUUUUGGAGCGAGUACUGCAUUGAGUCUGUCUAGGGAAAAGCCCGCACCAACAGUCAUUCUGAUAGACAGAGCUCCGUUCCCUUGUCCGAUAGCCGCCUCGCAUGAUAUCAACAAGAUCGUCAGGUCAGACUAUAGUGACAUUUUCUACUGCAAACUUGGCCUGCAGACUCUAGAACGAUGGAGGGAAGACCCCUUGUAUAUGCAGUGGUAUCACCAAUCUGGUCUUGCAAAAGCCACAGAUGAACGGUUCGGCAAAGUCCAAAAGAUUUUUGAUAAUUACAAGGAACUCGGAGUUGAUGUCAAAGCUGAGCUGUUUAGCCCAAAGGAGAUGAAGACUAGAUUUGAAGGGUUGUAUGCCGACGGCGACUUCACCGAUGUGGACGAUAUCCUUUGGAAUCCGUCGUCAGGCUGGGCUGAGGCCGCAAGAGCGCUGAAAACCACCACUGAAGCUGCUGUGGAGAAUGGUGUCCACUAUGUUUCCGCUCCUGUGGCAAACCUUCUACUAAAGAAUGGGUGUUGCACUGGCAUCCGGACCGAAGAUGGCAGAACCUUCAGCGCCUCAAAGGUAAUCUUGUCUACAGGCGCAUACACUGCCAAAUUACUUGCAGAUAGUGCUCCUACGCAGCUGGAACUCCAGGUCGGAGAUAGAAUUACAGCUUGCGCUGUCUGCGAAGCGGCUGUUAACCUCACCGAAGAGCAAGCAAAGACUUUUCAGAACGCGGCGGCCUUUGUCCUUGAUGCGGGAGAAGUCCAGGGCGAAACAAUGCCGCCCACGCCCCAACGGCAGCUCAAAUUCAUACGCGAUGUCCCUUUUCGUAACACUGUCUAUCACCCAGCUUCUGGUCAAUCACUAUCGGUCCCGCUCACCAGCAUCGAAAGAAGUCGGUGGACAUCGCCGGAGAAUAUGCCCAGCGGCAUUCGUGAAGAAGUUGGUAGGGUCUUGAACGGCAUAUACGGCAAGGAGAUAAAAGGGCUUAGGCCCGAUGUCUAUAGAUUUUGUUGGGAUGGAAUUACUCAGGACAACAAUUGGUACAUCUGUCCGCACCCUCGCUGUCAGAAUCUGUAUAUAGCUACGGCUGGUUCUUUCCAUGGCUGGAAAUUCCUUCCAAUCAUAGGUCAGUAUGUAGUGGAGAUGCUCAAGGGUGAACUGAGUGUAGAAAUGACUCAAAGAUGGGAGUGGGAUCGGAGUUUCGAGGGCUACCCGAAAAAUAUUCUGCUCCCUGAGAGGGAGCUAAGAGACCUUGAAGAUUGA